UCAAAACAAAAGGAAUGAGCCCUUUAUUGAAUCUUAAUCAAUGUACGUGUACAAGGCAGCGCAGAGGGCCGCGGAGGCUCGCCGCUCAGCCGCUCAGGGAGCAUUCCGCAGCUACGUCUCACCUCUCACCGUGUUAUCAAAACAAUUGUGCGCUAGAUGACAUUGUGCUUAGCUCACGGAUUGUUUUGUUUCGCCGACGAUAACUGUCAAGUAUCAACACACGAUAUUUCCUUUCGUCGCCGCCGCCGCCAGUCGGCGCGCCCGCCGCCAUGAGGACGCUUCUGUGGACCGCGUGUCUGUGUAGCCUGUCGUACGCCGCGGACGGUAAGUCGCUCGCUGAGAGAAUCGACGCCAGGAAUGUGGCCGACGACUUCGAUGGGAAGCUGUCGUUCAAGGAAGGCGAAUAUUUUCACCUCAAAACGAUUCGCAAGCCGAGGCUCUCGGACUCGAGCCGAGCGACCGGGACCGCGACGAGAGACACGAAAGCGAGCAAGCUGAAUGUCCCCCUCGUCAAAAAGCCGAUACCAAAGUUCGCCGACGGCGGCAGCGAUGAGGACUAUCAGGCCAAGUUGAAGUUUCCGAAACGGGUUUCGGAUUCCGUCGAACACGAGGACGAAGACUUCGACGUCGACGACUACGACUUCGACGUGGACCACGACGAGUUCGCCGGCCGGGGGAAGCCGCUGCAGCCGAGGGUGAAAGCAAGAACUUCAAAAAUUAAAAAAGCACGGCCGGCGCCGGUGCUCGCGCUCCGGCCCGUGGGAGACGUGGCGCCGCGAGACGCAGGCAAGCCUUCCGUCAAAGUGGCACGGAAAGCAGGCGCCGAUAAAAUGAAAGAGGAAGAGUAUGACGAAGAGUUCACCGCUGGAACCAAGACUAUGGAAAUAUAUAGAAAGUCUAACAGCAAAAACACGGCCAGUGAUGAGGGCGAGGACAGCAAGGAAGAGAAGAGCAAUCGACCGACUAGAACGGCGAGAUCGUCUCCGCUAAGUUUUGGGGCUCAGGAUAGAUUGGGAGAAAAGAAAGGAGAAAUUCCAAAAAUAUUGUCAUAUUUACCGCUGUUUUCCCUUUCAACCACUUCCCUGGACCGAGAGCAAGAAGAGCUGCCACCGAAAACGAUCCCAGGGUUCGUCCGCGGAGUGAUCAAUCAAUUCAAAUAGGGAAACAUUUUAAGAUUAGCGAGAAGCGAAGCGAGGAAAUAUUACACAAGAAAAAUAUUCUUUCAUUUGAAUAAAUAAAACAGUUGUGUGUUACUAAAAUGUAAUAACUUUUUAAUAAAAUAUGUAUAAAACCCUCAAAUAUUUAGUUACAUGACUCAUUGAGAAAUAGAAUUAGCACUUGUAAACCGGGUAGGUUAAUGUAAAAAUAAAAAACUGAGUAACAAACAAAAACACAUUGUUCUUAAAUUCUACUAAUUAUCAAUUAUCCAUAACCAUUCAAUGCCAGUUUUCUUCGUUUCGAAGCUAAUUUAUUAACUUGUUUAGCCCACAAAACAUAGACAUAAAACGUUAAAGCUUCUAG